AUGGAUCUUGCUAUCGCCAAUUAUGGUACCAAUAAUGUUGGUAUACUGUUUGGAACUGGUAAUCGCACUUUCACAAACCAAUUCACUAUCUUAACUGGUCCUAUUUCAAAUCCCUAUUCGCUUGCUGUUGGAUAUUUCAACGGAGACACUAUUCUAGACAUUGCUGUCACCAACCAUGGAAAUAACAGUAUAGGUGUACUUCUGGGACGUGGCAACGGAACGUUUAUGAGUCAAAUGACAUAUUCCCUUCCUAAUGCUUCUCCAUAUGCUAUUGGCAUUGGUGACUUCAACAACGACAAUCGAAUGGAUUUAGUAGUCACCAAUAAUGGCUCUCACAAUAUAGCUUUACUUGUCGGAUAUGGUAACGGUACCUUUACAAGCCCAACAAUGUAUUCAACUGGAUCUUCUUCAUCCAUCUCCGUUACCAUAGGUGACUUGAACAAAGACAAUCGCUCAGAUAUUGUCUUCAUCAGCAAUGAUACAAACACCAUAGGUAUUAUGCUUGGCUACGACGAAUUUUUUCCGAUUCAAAAGAUGUAUUCAACUGGCAGAGCGCCAUACUCUGUAGCAAUUGGUAAUUUUAAUAACGAUACCCACCUGGAUAUCGUCGUAGUCAAUAGAGAUGACAACACUGCAAGUGUACUUCUCGGAUAUGGUGAUGGCUCCUUUGCAAAUCAGACGAUAUAUUCAAAUGGAUCUUUGCCAGAGUCUGUAGCUGUUGGUGACUUUAACAACGACACUCAUCUGGAUAUUGUCGUAUCCAAUGCAAAUGAUGCCACUGUAAGUAUCCUUCUUGGAUAUGGUAAUUGCUCUUUUUCGAAGCAAACGAAAUAUUCAACCGGUUCUUUACCAAACUCUAUAUCUAUUGGGGACUUUAACAACGACACUCAUCUGGACAUCGUUGCUGUUAAUGAGGGAAGCGACACUAUCAGUAUCCUUCUUGGAUAUGGCGAUGGUUUUUUCGCAAAUCAAACGACAUAUGCAACUGGUUCUCACCCAAACUCUGUAGCUGCUGGUGACUUUAAUAAUGACAACAGACUUGAUGUUGUCAUUGCUAAUUAUGGUGACAACAAUGUAAGUAUACUUCUCGGAUAUGGUAAUGGCUCUUUUGCAGAUCAUAUAACAUAUUCAACUGGUUUUCAACCAUGGUCUGUAGGUGUUGGUGACUUUAACAACGACACUCAUCUGGAUAUCGUCGUUGCUAAUUCUGCUGAUGACACCGUAAGUGUUCUUCUCGGAUAUGGUAAUGGCUCUUUUGUAAAUCAUCAGACGUAUUCGACUGGCUCUGAACCAAUUUCAGUAGCUGUUAGUGACUUUAAUAAUGACACCAAACUUGAUAUCGUCACCGCCAAUUUUGGUAGCAACACUGUAAGUAUACUUCUUGGAUAUGGCGAUGGUUCUUUUGCUAAUCAAACGACAUAUUCAACCGGUUCUGGCCCCGUAGCUGUCACUGUUGGUGAUUUUAACCACGAUAAUCGAAUGGAUCUUGCCGUUACCAAUUUUAAUGACCACACUGUGAGUAUACUACUUAGGUAUGACCGAGGUGCUCUGGAAGAUAAAGUCACGUUUGCCGCUAGCCAUGGCUCUCGUUUGCGAAGCUUUGCAGUUUUUGAUUUCAAUAAUGACAAUGUAUUGGAUAUCGUCGUUGCUAAUUAUGGCACUGACAGCAUAGGUUUUCUUCUUGGACAUGGAAAUGGUACUUACGGAAAGCAAAUGGUGCUCUCAACAGGUUUAAGUUCUCAUCCUUGCUCAAUAGCUAUCCAUGAUUUCAAUAGAGACGGUCGAGUAGAUAUAGCUGUGGCCAAUUAUGGCACUAAAAAUCUUGUUACAUUUAUGGGAGACGAAAAUGGAACAUUUGAAAAUCUAGCAAGUUACAGUAUAGACUUCGAUUUUUCUCCGCUGGCGAUUGGUGCUAGUAGUCUGAAUCAACAUGAACGUUCAGAAAUUUUGGGGUACGGAUAUUAUGUCAUCAAUUUUGCGGUCACCUCUAGUAGUUCUCUUCUGCUACCUACCUAA